UAUUAAUUAAUUUCAAAUACGAUAUUACAGCAGAAGACUAUCUCUCUUAUCAUCGGUUCUUUUAAAUUUUUGUUCUGCAAUAUACAGUAAACUGAGUUUAAAUUAAAUUGAUAUUCAUCAGUUAUGACAUUAAUGGCUUCAUUAGAUUCCGAGUUGGCAAAACUUUCUACAUCUGAUUCAAUUUAUAACAGUAUUUCAAAUUUUGAUAUAGAAAAGAAAAUUGGUAAAGGACAAUUUAGUGUUGUUUAUAGAGCAAAAUGUAAACUGGAUAACAGCAUUGUGGCCUUGAAAAAGGUUCAGGUAAAAAAUAUAAAACACUUUAAUAGUCAAUAUACAUUUGUAUUUCUUUUUCUAUUAAAGCAAUUAAACCAUCCAAAUGUAAUUAAAUAUUUGGCAUCAUUUAUUGAAGAUAAUGAACUUCAUAUAGUAUUGGAACUGGCUGAUGCUGGAGAUUUAUCUAGGAUGAUAAAGCAUUUUAAGAAACAACAAAGAUUAAUUCCUGAAAGAACAAUAUGGAAGUAUUUUGUUCAAGUUUGUGGUGCUUUAGAACAUAUGCAUUCCAAAAGAAUUAUGCAUAGAGAUAUUAAACCUGCAAAUGUGUUCAUUACUGCUCAAGGUGUUGUUAAACUUGGUGAUCUUGGUCUUGGAAGAUUUUUUAGCUCCAAAACAACUGCAGCUCAUUCACUAGUUGGAACACCUUAUUAUAUGUCUCCUGAACGAAUUCAUGAACAUGGUUAUAACUUUAAAUCUGAUAUUUGGUCUUUGGGGUGUCUUUUAUAUGAGAUGGCAGCUUUACAAUCACCAUUUUAUGGUGACAAAAUGAAUUUAUAUUCUCUUUGUAAGAAAAUAGAACAGUGUGAUUAUCCACCCCUUCCAGCUGAUAUUUACUCUCAUGAGUUGCGGACUUUAGUUGGUGACUGUAUUGAUCCUGAUCCGUCCAAGAGACCUGACAUUACAUAUGUUCAUAAAAUAGCCAAAGAUAUGCAAAGAAACUUCACAUCUCCAAGAUCACCACCCCCAAAUCUAUCUACACCAUCUCCAUCUGUUUCUGAAGAUUCGUUGAACAAAGAAUUAUAAGCUGUAAAUACUCUAUAUCAGUUCUUAAAUAGAAUAAUUAGUAAUUAGGAGUUUUCAUUCUUACAUUCUUAAAUUAUUUAAAGUAUUAUUUGAAAUUGCUCAAAAUGAUCAGGGUAAUAAGCUUUGCAAUUUUUCACAAGUUAGAUCCAUAUGUUUUUGAUCCUAGUUUAAAUGUUGGGCUAGUCAUCAGAUAUAUCAAAAAUUAAUAACAGAAAUUUAUUAAAAAAAUAAUAUCUGCAUUACCUAAAUUGUCAUAAAUGAUGAUGUAUAAGUUAAAUUUUUAAGCAGAAAUCCGUCCAAAUUUAGGAAUUGACUUAUAUGAUGGAUGUAAAAUGAGAGUUUUUUCCACAUAGUGAAACAACACUGAACAUUUGCUGUGCACCUAUUAUCUAGCUAGCCAUUAUAAAUAUUCCAGCUAAAGUUCAUGUUUGGUGAAUGUGUUUAACAUAGAUAUUAAUAUAGUAAUAAAAUUUUGAUAUACAUGAACA